UUCCUCUCAUUUACUCUUAAGUCUCUAACUUCAUGUAAGUACAUUAAUAUUCCAGGAACAAUUUUGGUCCGUCAGAAUGUUCUCAUCGUUGUGUUCUUUGGGAUAGUAUUAUGUGGGCUCAUUUACCUGAACCAUAUCCAGUGCAGCUGCAAACAGCAUAUAACUGAACAAGGCAUCAUCAAGACGAGAUGGAAGCAAAAGAUCGUUGGAUUGCGCUCAUUACCAGGGUUGUUAUACAACCAGCCGAGUGUGUUGGGAGGUCGGACAGAUGUUGGUUCUGUGUCACCAUGGUCAGCUCCAAUCAUUUGGGAGGGAAACUUUGACUCCACACUGAUCGACUUUAUCUACAAACAAAAAAAUCUCACCAUAGCAACUACUGUCUUCGCUUUGGGAAAAUACACACGUUUUGUCAAAGAUUUUCUGGAGUCAGCAGAGCAACAUUAUUUUGUUGGAUUUCGAGUACAUUACUACUUGUUUACAGAUCAACCAGAAUCAGUUCCUGAAGUGAAGAUGGGUGAAAACCGUGGUUUGAUAGUUCAAAAGGUUCCGAGUCUGAACCGAUGGCAGGACAUCAGCAUGAGCAGGAUGGAAAAACUGGAAAAACUCAUAGAGAAUGAACUAGUCAAUGAGGCAGACUAUAUUUUCUGCCUUGACAUAGAUGCAAAGUUCUAUGGCCGGUGGGGUGCGGAGACUUUGGGUCGUCUGGUAGGUGUGAUACAUCCUUGGCUCUUUAAUGUUCCAAGGAGUCAAUUCACAUAUGAGCGCAGACCAGAAUCUAAAGCAUACAUUCCCGUGGAGGAAGGUGAUUAUUAUUACGCUGGUGCUGCAUUUGGUGGCUCAUUGGAGGAUGUACAUCAUCUCACAAAAACCUGCAGAGAGCAGCUGCAAAUUGAUGCUGCAAACUCCAUUGAGGCGGUAUGGCAAGAGGAGUCUCACUUGAACAAGUAUUUCCUUUUGAACAAACCUAGUAAACUGCUCUCUCCUGAAUAUAUGUGGUGGGACGUCAAUGAAAAAGCAGCCCAAAUAAAAAUAGUUCGCUUGACUAAUGUACCUAAAAACUAUGCUGAUGUUCGUCCAAACCCAUAGCAACUGUUGCCAGUAUUCAGCUACACUUACAUGGUGUGUUCUCACAGUCCUCCAGUAAGACAAUGUGAGUCUGUUAACAGAUAAUACUGGAAACAGGGAAGACGAGAUCUGCCAGCAAGAAAUUAAUAAUCACAGAAAUGUACAGAUGUUUAUGAGCACAAUAUGGCAUCAGAAACAAUAUCUGCCAAAAUCUUUUUGAAUGAACACUCACAAUCAGAGGUGUAAAAAGUACUCAACAAUUUUAUUCAAGUGAAACUUUGCUACCUCAAUAUGCUUCCUCAGAUUUGAUGGUGAACUUUUGAAGCCAGACAUUUACCUGAUGAAAGUCAUAAUUGAAGUAGAAAUGUGUGUGUUUGAUGCAUGAAAAUAUUGAUCAUUAGUUCUCACAUCAGGCACACAUGUUUGAGCUUCUGUUUACCAUAUUUAAUGUGCAUAAGAUAAAAUAAAAAUAUAAUGUACUUUUCAAGAUGAAAUAAAUUUUAAAGAAGUAGAAAGUACU